UCUCCGUCACGAUGUCCCGCACCCUCUGCCUGAGCGCACUCCUCCUCCUGCUGCUGCUGCAGUCCCUGUCUUGUCCUGCUCUUGGUGAACCUCGGCGGACCACGUCCUCUCAGCGCAGGUCGGCUCGCGCACCGGCCGCCAAAGUGCGCUUGGCGGGCAAUUUUGCGCGAGAGCCGCACGAAGGGCGCGUGGAGGUGCUGCACGACAACAAGUGGGGGACCGUCUGCGAUGAUGAAGUGAACCUCAAGCUCGUCAACGUGGUGUGUCGAGAGCUGGGUUUCCAAGGUGGCAUAACGUGGGCACACAGUGCAAAGUAUGGCGAAGGAGAGGGCCCAAUAUGGCUGGAUAAUGUACACUGUGAUGGCUCAGAGAAGUCCUUGAAGGACUGCAAACACAAUGGUUGGGGGGUGAAUGACUGUAAACACUCUGAAGACUUGGGGGUGGUGUGCACUUCUGAGCGCAGACUCGAUGAGACAGCCGGUAGAGGCCACACCACAGCUGUCAGGCCCAACGGGAGCCCUGCACCACAGUGGCAGGGCCUCAUAGCCUCCCACAUGCAUCCAGGAUACAGCUAUAAUGGAAAUGGACAUUCAUAUGAGAUUGCCAGAUUCCACAGACACCACCACUACCAGGGUUACAGUAGGGUGCGAAUUGAGGAAGUUCGCCUUCGUCCUAUCAUUAUGGCUACCAAGAAGAAAAGCCUAAUAACAGAGGGCGUAGUGGAAGUGAAGCAUGCUGGGAGAUGGAGGCAAGUUUGUGACCUGGGUUGGAGUCUCAACAGCAGCCGGGUUGUGUGCGGGAUGCUCGGGUUUCCAGAAGCUACUCAGCACAAUGUCAAAACAUACAAGAAAAUAUGGGAUACCAAAGUUGCAGAUCCUUCAACAAGACUGAGUAUCAUGGCAAAGAAGAAGGGAUUCUGGGUAGAAAAGGUUCACUGUCUUGGCACUGAGAACACCUUGUCAGAGUGCCAUGCUCAGCUAUCAAUCCCCCGUAGUCCCGCCCCUUGUAAGAAUGGGAGACAUGCAGUGGUGAAAUGUGUCCCAGGACCACAGUUUUCUCGCAUCUCCUCAGGAAGACCCCAGGCACCUCAUCCAGCUGUGCCUGUGCGUCUGAAGGCAGGCCCAAGGCUGGGUGAGGGUCGCGUGGAGGUGCUUCGAGAGGGCAAAUGGGGGACCAUUGUGGACCACAUGUGGGAACGAGCGGCAGCCAGUGUGGUGUGCAGAGAACUGGGCUUUGGCACUGCCAAGGAUGCCCUGCAUGGAGCCUUUAUGGGCCAAGGUACUGGACCUAUCCAUAUGAACAGUGUCCAGUGUAUCGGGUCAGAGCGCUCCAUCCUAGACUGCUACUUCCAGGAGGUCCAACCAUGGACAUUCAAACACAGCCAGGAUGCCUCAGUGCGCUGUAAUGUCCCCAAGACUGGAACAGAGAACACAGUGCGGCUUGCUGGUGGUAGAGUCCCAUCAGAAGGACGUGUAGAGGUGCUGAUGGAGGCUGGGGGUCGUAAGCGCUGGGGCUCUGUCUGUAGUGAGAACUGGGGCAUCAACGAGGCCAUGGUGGUAUGCAGACAGCUUGGCCUGGGUUUUGCUGCCAAUGCUCAUCAGGAGACCUGGUACUGGCGUGGCGACCCAAAUACAGCUGAUAUAAUUCUGAGUGGAACCCACUGUAUGGGCACUGAGCUUUCAAUUCAACAGUGUCGUCGUAACAACCAUAUCCACUGUCCUCGCGGAGGUGGAACUAAGGCCGCUGGGGUCACCUGUUCAGACACGGCACCUGACCUCGUCCUGGAUGCCCAGCUGGUCCAGGAGACAGCCUACCUGGAAGACCGACCCCUCCACCUGUUGACAUGUGCCAAUGAAGAGAAUUGUCUGUCCUCAUCUGCUGCCAGGAUGAACUGGCCCUAUGGUCACCGACGCCUGCUGCGCUUCUCCUCCCGCAUCAUGAACCUGGGUCGAUCUGAUUUCAGACCCAAAGCUACAAAAGACAGCUGGACAUGGCACCAGUGUCACAGGCAUUACCACAGCAUCGAGGUGUUCACACAUUAUGACCUGCUGACUCUGAAUGGAACGAAGGUUGCAGAGGGACACAAGGCCAGUUUCUGCCUGGAGGACACGUACUGCCCCGAUGGUCUUCAGAAGCGGUUCUCUUGCUAUAACAUGGGUGACCAGGGCAUUUCUGUGGGCUGCUGGGACACCUACCGCCACGAUAUCGAUUGUCAGUGGGUCGAUAUGACAGACGUACGGCCAGGAGAUUACAUCUUCCAGGUGGAAGUCAACCCCACAAUGGACAUGGCUGAGUCUGACUUUAUGAACAAUGUCAUGAGAUGUCGGUGCAAAUACGAUGGCCAGAGAGUUUACAUGUAUAGCUGUCAUGCGGGUGAUGCAUACAGUGCAGAGACUGAAGACCUGUUUGAGCACCAGAGGCAAAUCACUAACAACUUUGUGUAGCCCAUCUCACAGUCCAGUGCGAAGGCCUUCCAGUAGGGCCCAGAGACUACUCAGGGCGGGCUGAGGUCAAUGAACCUUAGGACCAACACAGUAAUAGAACAAGCAAAAUGGCGCCUGUUAAUCUUGUCAGAUGUGGCUAAAAUAUCCAUAAGAGCAUUAUACAGUAUGACAGCAGUGACUAUUGCAGACUCUGUUCUCAACUCAAACAGCCGUUUGACAACAAGUGGAACAUUUUUACUCUAGUUAUGUAAGAAGAUAUUGAAUAUUGAUUCACAGCAUAUUGAUUUUUGUGAAUGUGGACUACUAGUAACUUAAGUUAGUUAUUCAAAACAUAUAUACGUGUAUGUGAAAGAUUUAUCACCAUUACUAAUCUGUCACAGAUACAACAGGGAGGUUGGCUCUGUCGGAAACUUUUAAUCCCUAGCAAGAAGAUACGAAAAUUUCUUUUGCAAAAAUCUGAUUUACUGCACAAGCAAACGAUACUAAAUUAGCAUCAUUUUCCCAAAUUCUUCACCUGGAUCAUUUGUAAGUAUGUAGUGCAUUUACAUUACUUCAGUACUGGUGCUCUUUAACAAUACUGUAUGCCAUGAUAUUAACCUCAAUAUGUUUCACAUGGACAGUGUUGGAUAGUGCAUUUGGGUAGUUUUCUUUUAGAGUUAAUAAGGUAUUUUAUUAUUACUUUGGUUUUAACAGAUUCAUUGUUUUACAAAAGGUCAGUCAUGCUACAGAGUUUUGCUUCUCAUCUUGAAUAGGUAAGAAGAGGUCAAAUGAUUUUUAUGGAACAAAGCACUUUAUCUUUUAAACAUCAGUAUUUUACUUUUGGCCCCACUUUUUUAAUUAACGACAAAGCUGGCAUUUUAAGGUGUUUAUGAAAUAUAAGGUUUGUGUUUAGUUUUCAUAUUCAGUGUACUAUUUAUGCUGUAUGAUUAUUUAUUCAUGGAAUUCACACUUACAAAGCAUGCUCAGAUUUUGUAAGCUAGCCUCUAACAGUACUGACUUUUUUGGUUUUUCAGACAUAACGAACCAGGGAGUUAUAUUAGAAUGU